UAUUUCUUAGAGUCUGUUCAUCAGAAAUCAUAAACUGUAUAUAAUAUGUCUAGAAACAUGAUAAUACACCAUUAAAAUAAGUGGCACUUAACCCUGCUCUUUAUACAACAUCUUGAUUUCAAUCAUUUGUCUGCCUGGCCUCCGGAUUUAUUUUAGAGAUAGAAAAAAACAACAACCCCAGAAUAUAUUUAGAUAUUAAUGUGACUGAACUCAGAGAAAGAGAGAAAUUAUGUAGAUGAGAGAGGGGGACAUAGCAAGGAGAAGGUCAGAACAGGUGGGUAGUUGGCUUUGACAUAAGCAGACUAUGCUCUGUUGUAACAAGUUGGAGAGCAAGUCAGGUUAAGUGCAGCUAUAGAUACAGUGCUGAAAACCUCUCCAUCUGUGAUGACAGUGACUUACUGAAAGUAAGGGAAGCAGGGAGAGGAGAAGAAGUGUUAGAACUUGAAAGAGAGACAUAUGACAUAGUUCUUCCAGACAGUGGGAAAAUGAACAAUCUAGGGAAAUGGGAUUGGACUGCAAGGUGCUGUUGUGUAGUCAUUUGUAGUUAUGGAUUCAAAUUGAAAUUCCCUCAGUGGGGUUAUGUGACCUUACGUGGAAAUGGUCAGCCUCUAAUGAUGAAAUGAGAUAUUGCAUGAGAAAUGUUCAGUACAGUGUUAAGCAAGUGAUGAAUGUUACCUGUGCUUUUCAUUUUGUUUUGUUUUUCUUUUGUUUAUACACCUGUGACUGAGGAAGGCAGACAUUUACCACCCAGCAGGAUCUUCUAUGCCAUGUUCUUCAGUCAAACCAGCUCUACUACAAUUUGCAGCAAUUUACAGGUCUGGCCUCUGGUGAUCGCAUUCAUACAGCUUGAUAAUUGAGAAUGCUUGCUAAGAAGAGCCAAGAAUUAUCUCAAACCCACUGCAGCAAUAAACACCAGGAGAGGGCGUCCAUUUCUGAUCUAAGCUGUUAGUUCUGGAAGAACUGCUGAAUUUUAUGGACUAUUUGAAACUGGUAACUGAUAUGGAUUAGUAUGGAUUUCAGUCUGCUCAUCUUUGUGUCAAGAAAGUGUUAUUAAUAUUGAAUCUGAACUCCUUGAAGGCAAUCCUGAAAGCUGAUUCCUACUCAUCAAUAGUGAAUCCUCAGCAGCUAAUUCAGCAUACGUGUGACAUUAACAUAAUUAAAUCACUGGAGAGACUUUCAGAACCAAGAUAGCAGUAGAGGAGAUUCCUUCGCUCCCACGAGGAUCAAUUAAUCAAAAUAAUAGGCUACGGAAAGUACCAAGUUUGGAGUGAGAUUGCACUUCACUACUUCACUACUAGUACAGACUGCUUUACAAAGGACAUGAAAAGAUUAAUACUUCACUAGGCAAAAGGUAAACAAUUGUGUACAGGCUACAAGAUUACAAUUAGAUCUUCUUCUGGAUUGUCAGAUACAAGGCUUGAUACCUGUAGAAGUCUUAAACAUCUCCUCAGGUGUUGGGACAACAUGUCUUCUUUACCCAAGAAGGAUGCAGAAGAGUCUGGAAAAAAGCAGGAGAAAGAUGAGUCUAAUCAGCAAACCCCAGAUGACUGGAGCAAAUUGCCUUUACCAAGUGAAGAGAAGAAAUUAGAGAGUCAUGAGUUACACAGUUCCAAAGCCUUUGUAAAUGUGUUGGGAGCUCAUGAAGGGGAAAGUAAUCUUGAGUUAAGGGAGAGUGAAUACAGUUUUGCUAAGUUGAGCAGUGAGGAAUCAGACACUGCAGGACCAUCCCAGACUCUCCCCCCUCUGAUUCAUGGCGUAGAAAUUGUUACUGAUUUGGAACUAGCUCAGUUGGCUCAGGUUCAGCCACUGUUAUGCAACUGUGAUGAACCAUCAGUCAUCCAGGAAUGCUUUAAAAUGUUUGAAAAAAAAGCAGUAGACUAUGAAAUCAUCAAGGAAUUUAUGAUAGAGGGUGAGGGACAGAAGGGGACACUGCAGCACUACUCCAAUUCUCAUGAAGCUUCUCCCUGUAGGAACUCCCAUGUGGUGGCCCACAACUUGAACUCAAGUUCUUGAGCAUGUAUUUAGAGGAUCAGAAUCAACCUGGUGAGUUCUACUGUGGGAAUGAACCAUGCAACAGAGAUAAAAACAGAUACCGAGAUAUUCU